ACCAGAUCACAAGCCAGAUCACAUCUCUUCAGAGAAUAAACACUGCGCUUGAUGCGCUGCAUUUAUUUUUGAACAUAUAUAUAUAUAUCACUGCAAGUUUGCAGCUUCUUAUCAGACGGAUGUUUGCCACUAUGGAUCAAUCGACUGAUUUUACAGGGAAUAACUUGAGCUUUAAAGGAGUUGCGCUGGAAUACCCAGUUUGCUUGGAAUGGAGAGAACAUCCCGAAGGUUCAAUGUUUCAUCUAGCCAAUAUAUUGCUGGUUUUAGGAUUUAUGGGGGGCAGUGGCUUUUAUGGGUUGCUGUACAUGUUCUGUUUCCUAUCGCUCGGUUUUUUCUGUUACUCGAUCUGGGCAUGGUCUGAUCUCUGCACAACUGAUUCCUUCUCAUGGACUUUUGGGCUUUUUGUAAUUUGUUUGGCACAAGUUAUCCAUGUUUCAUAUCGACUGCGAAGCGUCACUUUUGAUACGGAUUUACAGAAUCUUUAUGAUCGUAUGUUCAAAAAGAUAGGCGUAUCCUUAACGCAGUUUAGGAAAAUCGUGGCGUGUUGUGACGGGGAUAUCCACACUAUUGAAAAGGGCUACUGCUUCGCCAUGGAAGGAAAAACAUCUAUUGACAAGCUAUCAGUUCUUCUAUCAGGCAGGAUACGUGUGACAGUGAACGGGGAGUUUUUGCACUAUAUAUAUCCCUUUCAAUUCCUAGACUCACCCGAAUGGGAUUCCCUAAAACCAUCGGAGGAGGGAUUUUUUCAGGUAACUUUACGAGCAGAUAAUCGUUGCAGAUACGUGGCGUGGCGUCGAAAAAAAAUGUAUCUACUAUUCGCGCAGCACCGCUACAUCGCCAAGAUCUUUGCGCUACUGGUGCGCAAUGACAUCGCGGAGAAGCUCUUCUCUCUGAACAAGGCCUUCGACAGCCGCGGCUUCCGCUAUGAUCUACGGUUACCGAGUUUCUGUCACCAGCCAGAGCCAGAAAUAGAAAACACGCUUGAAUCUCAACCAGAACACAAAGAUCCCAAGCCAGCAGAAAGAGACUCCUAAGAAACAACCAGGGCACCAAGCUGCAUUCAUCAAGUCUUAAAUGGACUAUUUUCAUAUUUUUUAAAUGUAUAAUUUAAUCUAGUUUUUUCUACAUUUAAAUGAAUCUGCAAAACAUAUUUGCGAUUCAAUUACCAAGGUUUAAAUAAAGCAACUUUUAAGAAGGAGAAUAAUGCUAUAUUCACUUACAUUAGUCUAGGUUUCACGUGAAUGGAAUAGGCUAGUUGUAGCAACAUGGUAAAGCCACUGCCUAUGUAAUGAUCAUUUCUUAUUUUAAAUAAAAC